UCACACGUCCGUCGCUCAUAGAUGACGUAAUCAGCGCUGGACACACGCUUUCCUCCAUGUGUUGUUCCUCUGGCAGUGUUGUGAUCUGUAGUAACUGUUUGCAGGUUAAUUUUCAGUUAGUAUCAUCAUGUCUUCAAGCUGUCGUAGACCCGAGCAUAUGGCACCUCCAGAGGUGUUCUACAAUGAAGAAGAGGCUAAAAAAUACUCCCAAAACUCUCGGAUGAUAGAGAUCCAGACGCAGAUGUCAGAGCGAGCUGUGGAGCUGCUCAGUCUACCUGAGGAUCAGCCCUGUUACCUGCUGGAUGUGGGCUGUGGCUCUGGACUUAGUGGAGAUUAUUUAACUGAAGCUGGUCACUACUGGGUUGGUGUGGACAUCAGCACAGCCAUGCUGGACGUUGCCUUGCAGCGAGAGGUGGAGGGAGAUCUUCUGCUGGGAGACAUGGGUGAGGGUUUGCCCUUCAGACCGGGGAUGUUUGACGGCUGUGUAAGUAUUUCAGCGCUACAGUGGUUAUGUAACGCAGAUAAGAAAACACACAGCCCUCCGAAGAGACUGUACCGCUUCUUCAGCACACUGUACUCAUCGCUGGCGAGAGGAGCACGCGCUGUCUUCCAGAUAUACCCUGAAAACUCGGAGCAGCUGGAGCUGAUCACGGCUCAGGCCAUGAAAGCCGGUUUCACAGGCGGGAUGGUCGUCGACUAUCCCAACAGCAGCAAAGCUAAAAAAUUUUUCCUGUGUUUGUUUGCUGGUGUGUCAGGUGUCUUACCCAAGGGUUUAGAUUCAGAGUCGUCUGACAGAGGCGUAUCAAAUCAGGCUCAGUUCACAGCACAGAGGUCUCGUUUCAAAAAUAUGAAAGGAAAGUCCGCCAAGAAGAGUAAGGACUGGAUCUUGGAAAAGAAGGAAAGACGCCGCCGACAGGGGAAGGAAGUUAGGGCUGACACUAAGUACACGGGUCGUCACAGGAAACCUCGCUUUUGAUCCCUCAACUGCUUCACGUGAGCAUCUCAUCUUCACUGCACAGAAGACUGUGGGCUAUUCAGUCUACUGGAUCCAGUUACAACUCAUAUCUGUAUUGACCAGUCAGAAGCCAGAACCAGAACUAUGCGCUUUGAGGAAAUGUAUUACAGAACAAUAAAAAAAACCCAUGUGGAGUGGGAGUGGGAGCCUCUAUAAACAAUUAAAGGACUUCGUGUUUAAUAGGAUCAACAUUUGGAUGAUGUCUGAAUUAACAGAAGCCUUAAUAAACCAUAUUUUAUCUUCUCAA